UCCGUGUUCAGCGUAUCAGCACUUCUAAUGAUGGUUACCCUGAAGAAGCUUGCAAGCACGGGAUGCACUCUAAUAUUUACCAUUUACCAGAGCAGUACGGAAGUGUUUGGCCUUUUCGAUAGGAUUUGUCUUCUCUCUAAUGGAAACACAUUGUUCUUUGGGGAAACACUUGCUUGUUUGCAGCAUUUCUCAAAUGCUGGAUUUCCUUGCCCGAUCAUGCAAAGUCCUUCCGACCACUUUCUGAGAGCCAUAAAUACAGAUUUUGAUAGGAUUAUUGCAAUGUGCAAAAACUGGCAGGACGACCAUGGGGAGCUUUCAUCGGUUAAUAUGGACACUGCUGUGGCGAUACGCACUCUUGAAGCAACGUAUAGAUCAUCCGCAGAUGCUGCUGCUGUCGAGGCUAUGAUUUUGAAGCUCACUGACAAGGAAGGUCCGCUUCUCAAAAGCAAAGGCAGGGCAAGUUGUUGCACCAAAAUUGCAAUAUUGACUUGGAGAUCGUUGUUGAUUAUGUCGAGGGAGUGGAAGUAUUAUUGGCUUCGUCUAAUUAUAUACAUGUUUCUGGCGCUCUGUAUUGGCACGGUAUUCUCUGGUCUGGGGCACUCAUUAUCUUCAGUCGUGACUAGAGUUGGAGCUAUAUUUCUAUUCGUAUCAUUUACAUCGCUUCUGAGCAUAGCUGGUGUCCCUGCACAGCUCAAAGACAUCAAGAUAUUCAUCUGCGAAGAGGCAAACCAGCACUCUGGGACGUUGGCCUUUCUAGUCGGACAGUUUUUCUCAAGCAUCCCGUUCUUGUUUCUCCUCUCCGUCUCAUCGAGUUUGGUCUUCUAUUUCCUAGUCGGGCUGAGGGACGAUUUCAGCUUGUUGAUGUACUUUUCCCUGAACUUCUUCACGUGCCUUAUAGUUAACGAGGGACUGGUGUUACUCGUUGCUUCAAUCUGUCGAAACACAUUCUGGAGCAUCAUAGUAUUGGUGAAUAUACACGUAAAUAGAAGUUAUGGAUAG